AAACUUCACUAGCUCCGGAUUAUAAGUCUUUGACGUCAUAAUCCGACAGAGAUCGCCACGGCAGCCUGACUUCUCGCCCUGUGGCUGCGGGCAGCGUUCGCCGGUCGCACAAUUCCCCUCCCCUCGCGCCAAGCCCGCCGCCAAACAAGAUAAUUCCACUCUCUCUCCUCUCUUUUCUCUCUACCCCUCCUUCCUCGAACUCUCCUGCUCUCUCUCUUCGUUUUCUUCCAGCUCCUGCAAACCUCUCCCCAUCCGCCGCCUCUAUGACUUGCAGCAAGACAAAUUAUAAUAAAAUAGAAUGCCCUCAACCCCUCGUCACCACCUAAACAACUAAAAACUCAGCAUCUCGCAGGCUCCAUCCAUCAAUAAUGGGGAGAAAAAGAAGAACUUCUCCAGCACCCAUAGUAACAGAGAGAAGCAGGAAAGAGUACUCAUUCAUUUCUCCUUCAUCAAUGACGUCUCUUCCUAUCUCCGUCUUCUUCCUCUCUUGGUGUCUCCUCCUUGGCUUGGUCCGCUCUCAGAACUCUUCAUGCCCUCUAGACUUCUCGAUCCUCCAGAAGUUCAUCACCAACGCGGAUGCCGGCUCGGACACCAGCUCCCGGUGCACCUUCGCCGUCGUGGCCUUCCAUCUGGUCCAGGCCGAGUACCUCCGCACCGCCGGCCUCUUCGUCCCGCCCGCCGCCUCCGCCGACGCCUGCUGGUCCUCCUUGAACUCUAUCCUCCGCCCCCUCGUACCCUCCUCCUUCUCCCUCCCCUCCUCCUGCGGCUUCCAGCCCUCCUGGAUCUCCGAGGGCUGCAUGAACCUUACCUCCCGCGCCGAAUUCGAGGCCGUCGUGCCGGCCUCCGGCCUCCGCGACAUGGACCAGAACUGCAACCAGUCCCUCCACGCCGUCCCCUCCUGCACCGCCUGCACCACCAGCCUCAAUCGCGUCAAGGCCGCCUACCUCCCCGGCCCCGACUACGGCAACGUCACCGACUGCACCGCCUACACCUUCAUCUACGCCGCCGGCGUCGUCAACCGCUUCGGCCCCACCGAUAACGACACCGCCUACUGCAUCUUCCUCCUGAACUCUCAGUCAUCCUCCUCCGGCGGCAGUUCGAACGCCUGGAUCUUCGGCGUCGCCGCCGGCUGCCUCGUCGUCGUGCUGCUAGCCGUGCUGGCCGCUUGGUGGCUUCGAAGACGGCGCCGGGAGCGGCUGCGCAGGCGGAGGAGGAAAUCGAUGAGGCCGGAGAGCGGGCCGUCGAAGGCGAUGGAGUCGAUCGGUGCGAGCACGACGCUGAUCAAGUUCACCUUCGACGAGAUCAAGGAGGCGACCAAGAACUUCUCGCGGGACAGCAUAAUCGGGCGGGGUGGGUACGGGAAUGUCUACAAGGGGACGCUGCCGGACGGGUCCGAGGUCGCGCUGAAGCGGUUCAAGAACUGCUCGGCUGCCGGGGACGCCAGCUUCGCCCAUGAGGUCGAGGUGAUUGCAAGUGUUCGACAUGUGAACCUGGUCGCGUUGAGGGGCUACUGCACGGCGACCACCCCCUUGGAGGGCCACCAGAGGAUCAUUGUCUGCGAUUUGAUGCGGAACGGGAGCCUCCAUGACCAUCUCUUCGGCUCGGGCGUUGCUCGGCUGAGCUGGCCCGCGAGGCAGAGGAUUGCUGUAGGGACGGCGCGGGGAUUGGCAUAUCUCCAUUACGGAGCUCAGCCGGCGAUAAUUCACAGGGACAUCAAGGCGAGCAACAUUCUGCUGGACGACAGCUUCGAGCCGAUGGUCGCCGACUUUGGCCUGGCGAGGUUUGCGCCGGAGGGGAUGUCGCAUGUGAGCACCAUGGUCGCCGGGACUCUCGGUUAUGUGGCUCCCGAGUAUGCUCUGUAUGGCCAAUUGACCGAGAAGAGUGAUGUUUUCAGCUUUGGAGUUGUGCUGCUCGAGCUGUUGAGUGGGAAGAAGGCGUUCGUUUCAUUGGGCGAGGGGCAGGCUUUUCUUGUCACCGACUGGGCUUGGUCCCUGGUGCGGAAAGGGAGGACCUUGGAUGUCAUCGAGGAAGGCAUGGAGGAAUUGAGCUCCAAGGAGGUGUUGGAGAAGUAUGUCCUUGUUGCUGUCCUCUCUACCCAUCCUCAGUUGCAUGCGAGGCCUACAAUGGAUCAGAUUGUCAAGAUCUUGGAAACUGAUCUGGAUGUUCCUUCGAUACCGGACCGCCCGAUUUCCAUUAUGGCAAGCAGGGAGGACAUUGAGAAAUCGGCGAGCAGCAGCGGCUCGGGUCAGCUAUCAACUUUUGCUGGCUACCAGACGUUUAACUCCGCGAAUGAUGAUGCAAAUUCUGAUGGUUCAGAGGUGGUGUGAUCGCUGCUCGCAUUGAUAGAGGAGGAUGCUGCGAGCUUGAUGAAAGGAGGCCAUUUCUGCUCGCCGAAGGGGCUUCCCGGUAUGCAUGCCCUGCAUUGCCUCUGGAUAUGAAUUUUUCGGUUUCUGAUUUCAGGUUGUGGCUUUCUGUUGUAAAUAGGAUGGCAAUCUGAAUCUUUAGUCCCCCAACAUUUGAGAGAGAGUUUAGUGUACCAUAUUUUUUUUAUUUGCUUCUGACGAGAAUUGCCUUUCUUUUUUUCCGCAUUCCAUAUACAUGACUAAAUGUAACACUUUAAAGCAUUAAACCACCAGUGUAAUUUUUGAGGGAAUUUGUCUCGCUGUAGACCAGUUUCUCAUUUUGUUUACAUUCUUCCGUUUGCAGCUCGGAGUUUGAUUUAA